AUGCUCGGAAUCACAAAGACCCUCGUCGUUGCCGCCAUGGCGCUUGCGGCUGUCGAUGCGGCGCCCAGCCCCCGCGACGACAAGCAGGUCGUCCACCUCGUCAACGCUAACGUGCCAUCGCCGAACCCUCAGGCCGGCACGAUCGUGCACCGCGAGGUGGCGAGGUGCAGCGACCCCUCGGACGCCUUUUUCGACUACAUCUUGGACAGGAGCCACGGCGUCUGCCAGGGUUACGGCACCAGGACCGCCGAGGACAGGACGUGCAACUUUGACCCGGAGACGAACCCGCACGCCGUGCACAGGUUCAGGAAGGCGUGCAGGCACGACGGUGCGCCCGCCGUCUACUCCAAGAUCAGCAACACGACCAAGAUCGACAUCUUCAUGGUGGAGCCGCGCAACGCGUCGCAGCUCAUCUUUACCUGCAACGAGGCCCGGCUCGACACCGUCUACCCCUACUACCAGCUCGACACUCACACCUGCAAGACGACCCGCGAGGGCACCAAGGACUCGCUCGUCUGCGUUCCCGACCAGGCCAAGCUCGACGAUGCCAAGACCUUUGUUCACCUCCAGAACGCCUUCUACGUCGGCUGCGAGGCGGCCGAGGGCGAGUUCUGCGUCAACCGGGGCACCCACGUCGAGGACGGCCCCUGUGGUCGCAGGAAGGGCAUUCCGCAGCCCUGA